AUGCUGGCCGCACUCCUUCUGGCCAUACUUGGCCUUGCUGUGUCGUCCGUUAUGGCCGUCAAGCAGCACGACUUCAAACUAUGCCACCAGAGUGGCUUCUGUUCGCGUCAGCGGGCCGUUGCCGAGCUCGUCGAAAAGUUUCCGACCCUCGGCCCCAACUACAAGUUUAUAGAGUCCAGUCUCAAGCUGGGCAAGGCCGGCGUCGAGUUCAAGAUUGUUGAGCAAAGUCACAUUGGGGGAUCUGUCCAGCCUGGCGGCGACGAGCUCUUGGUGACCCUUGAUAUUCUCAAGGCCGCUGGCACUGUGCGAGUGCGCGCCGAUCCUGUCGUCGCCAAGGACCAGAAGCCCCGAUACAAGAGCGACGAGUUUGUUCUGACUAGUGUGCCAGAAAAGUCCAACCUGAAGGUCGCCUCAGCCAAUGACAAGGAUGUCCACUACGAGUGGACCCACGACAGCGCCAAGUAUGCGUUUGUCGUCGAAAAGUCGCCCUUCACCAUUCGCUUCUAUGUCAACGGGGACGAGGCCAUCAGUAUGAACGACCACGAUCUCUUCUUCUAUGAGAACCAGAUCGUGAAGGAAGAGCCCGCCCCCGCUCCCCCCGCGGAUCAGAAUGCCGCUGCUGAGGACAAGAAGGUCGACGAGCGAUCCGAUGAUGAGAAGGAGUUUGAUCGUUUGAAAGAGGCAGUGCGCAAGGACCAGUGGGCAGAGCAGUUUGGCAGCCAUCACGACAGCAAGCCCCAUGGCCCGACUUCUAUCGGGCUCGAUAUCAGUUUUCCCGGAUCCAAGCACGUCUACGGCAUUCCCGAGCACGCGACGAGCUUUGCCUUGAAACCUACCCGGGGCGAGAUCUCCGGGGAGCCCUAUCGCCUAUACAACUUUGACGUUUUCGAGUACGAGCUCAACAGCCCAAUGGCUCUCUAUGGCUCGAUCCCGUUCAUGCUCUCCCACAAGAAGGGCCAGACCGUCGGAGUGUUUUGGCAGAACCCCUCUGAAAUGUGGAUUGACGUUGAGCAUAAGAGUGCCGACUCAACCACAAGCCACUGGAUGGUCGAGUCUGGAUCCUUUGAUAUUUUCGUGUUCCUUGGUCCCCACGCUGCCGCCGUUCUGGACUCAUACACGUCUCUGACAGGGCGCGCAGCCAUGCCCCAGAGCUUUGCUAUCGCCUACCAUCAGUGUCGAUGGAACUACCUUGACGAAGCCGAUGUGCAAGGAGUCGACGGUAACUUUGAGAAGCAUGACAUACCAUACGAUGUUCUCUGGCUCGAUAUCGAGCACACUGAUGGAAAGCGCUACUUCACUUGGGACAAUGCCAAGUUCCCCAACCCGGCGAACAUGCAGAGCGAUCUCGCCGUUAAGGGCCGAAAGAUGGUGACCAUCAUCGAUCCUCACAUUAAGAAGGACGAUAACUACCAUGUCUCGAGCGAAGCUAAGAGUGCUGGCAUUUUCGUCAAGAACAAGGAUGGCAGCGACUACGAGGGAUGGUGCUGGCCGGGCAGCUCGAACUGGAUCGACUACACCAACGCCGCUGCUCGAUCCUUCUGGUCCAAAAAGUUCCUCUAUAACCAAUACGAAGGCUCUACUCCGACUCUGUACACGUGGAACGAUAUGAACGAGCCCUCCGUCUUCAACGGACCAGAGAUCACCAUGCCCAAGGAUCUUGUCCAUCACGACAAUGUCGAGCACCGCGACGUCCACAACAUCUAUGGAAUGCUUCAGCACCGCUCAACCUAUGAAGGCCAUUUGCUCCGCAGCAUCGACAACGAUCGCCCCUUCAUCCUCUCUCGUGCCUUCUUUGCUGGAUCGCAGCGCUACGGUGCUAUCUGGACUGGCGACAACUUUGCUCGAUGGGAUCACUUGGAAGCAUCGGUGCCCAUGCUCUUGUCCAUCGGCAUUGCCGGCCAAUCCUUCUCUGGAGCCGAUGUCGGUGGCUUCUUUGGCGAUCCCGAACCCGAACUCAUGGUCCGCUGGUUCCAGACUGCGGCCUUCCAGCCCUUCUAUCGUGGUCAUGCCCACAUCGACACGAAGCGACGCGAACCCUGGAUAUAUGGCGAGCCCUUUACCGGCCACAUCCGCUCCGCCAUUCGCACUCGCUAUCAGCUCCUGCCCUACAUUUACACGCUCUUCCGUGAGUCCACGGUUUCGGGCACCCCCGUGAUGAGACCUCUCUGGUACGCCUUCCCCGAUGACGAGGCCACCUUUGCCGUCGACGAUGAGUUCAUGCUGGGAAGCGCCUUCUUGAUCAAGCCUGUUGUGCAGAAGGAUACGGCUGAAACGGAGGUUUUGCUCCCUGCUGGAUCGAACUGGUAUGACUACGAAACCCUCGUCAAGGUCGAUCCCAGUGCCAGCGGAAAGCUCAAUGUAAAGACUCCGCUGGACAAGCUCCCCGUGUUCCUUCGUGGUGGCUCCAUUGUGCCUCGCCGUGAUCGCAUUCGGAGAUCUUCUGCGCUGACCAUCAAGGAUCCGUACACUCUGGUGAUUGCACUGGACGAGAAGGGCGAGGCUCUGGGCGAGUUUUAUAACGAUGACGGACGCUCCUUUGACUACAAGAAGGGUGACUAUGUCUAUGCCCAACUCGAAUUCCGCGACAACACCCUUCGCUGUACCUCUCCUGUAGCCAAGUAUACCGACGUCUCGGCCAAGAUCUCAAAGCCCAAAUUUACCGGGCAUGAUAGCCGUGUCGAGCGACUGAUCAUCGUCGGUGUGCACUCCAAGCCCAAGCGCGUUGUCAGCUCCUCGGGAGCAAACCUCGAGUUCACUUUUGCGCGCGAGGGAGGUGUCGUCGUCGUCAAGGAACCCCAGGGUGUCUUUGGAAAGGAAUGGCAUGUCGCCUUUGAGUUCUAG